AAUAGCGAAAACUAGGGGUUUGAGACGGCGGCCGCCAUGAGGCUUGUUGCUCCGCUUGUUCUUCAUCCUCGUGACUCAUCUAUUAUUUGAUCGAGAAUUCGGCCUUCUCAUCGCCCAUGGCGAGUGGCGACGUCGCCUUCGAUACAAUCUAUGCGAAGGCGACGCAGCAGACAGAACAACAAGACAAAGCUAUACUUCUUCCCCGGAAGAACCAAUGACCGGCACUUGCUUCCUCCUCUCUAUAAAAUCACACUUCCGCUGCCCAAUUCAAUCAUCAAGCAUUUUGACAUCUUCAAUCCAUGGCGGAGGUGAAGCUGCUCGGGAAAUGGCCGUGCCCCUACGUGCUGCGCGCGAGGGUGGCCCUGCAGCUGAAGAAAGUAGAGUACGAGUAUCUGGAAGAAGAGUUAGGCGGCAAGAGUGAGCUCCUCCUCAAAUCCAACCCCGUCCACAAGAAAAUCCCCGUCCUCAUCCACCGCGGUCGACCCCUGUGCGAAUCCCUCAUCAUCGUCCAGUACAUUGAUGAGGCUUGGCUAGCGGCGCCCGGCCUCUUACCUGCGAGCACCCACGACCGCGCCUUCCACCGCUUCUGGGCUGCCUACUUCGAUGACAAGUUGUCACCAUUGCUGACUCGACUGCGAAACGGGGAACGAGGCAGAGCGAAUGAAGAAGCGGCUGAAGGGGUUAAGCUCUUAGAGGAAGCCUUUGUGAGGUUGAGCGAGGGGAAAGGGUUCUUUGGCGGUGACGAGAUUGGCUACCUCGACAUCACGAUUGGAUGUCACUUGGGAUGGAUACGGGUGACGGAGAGGUUGAUGGGGUUCAAACUGAUUGAGGAGGCGAAGGUGCCGGCGCUGGCGGGUUGGGCGGAGAGGUUCUGCGCGCACGAGGCGGUGCAGGGGAUAAUGCCGGAGACGGAGAAGCUGAUGGAGAUCUUCCAGUUGGCCCAAAUUCACAUGAAACGGUCUAAAAGAUAAUUUUUAGUAAUCGUUAUUGCCCAUGAAAUCUGUUAUGGGCCGGCUAUUUCUAGUUGUUUUUUUGGAGGCUCUAGUCCACGUAUGCAAAGGUUACUAGCAUUUUCUUCAUCAACCAGAAAAAAGGCAAAAAUAAAAAAGAAGUGGUUUAUUUUUAUUAUCA